AUGGCUCCCAGCUCCUGGUUCACUCUCUUGUUUGCCCUUUCCGCCAUCUCCGUCGGCGUGCGAGCCGUCCCUGCCCCGCAUACCCUGACAGCCCGCCAAGAUGCCAUCAUACCCUUACCUCCAGCGGAAAUCGCCGCAUUCAAGCCGUAUACGUGGUACGCGAGCACUGCAAACUGCAAUCCCUCGUCCACCAAGGCUUGGAACUGCGGCGAAAACUGCGAUGCUAACCCUACCUUCGAGCCCGUGGAUUCCGGAGGAGACGGCAUCUUUACUCAAUUCUGGUAUGUCGGAUAUGAUCCCACGCUCAACGUGGUCGUCGUUGGUCACCAGGGUACGGACGUAAGCAAGAUCAUCCCUGUUCUCAUCGACUUGGAUAUACCCCUCGUACAACUCGAUGCUGAACUGUUUCCCGGUGUCGACCCAUCUGUUCGUGUCCACCAGGGCUUCGCCGGAACACAAAGCAGAUCGGCUCCUGGAGUACUAGCCGCUGUUGAAGAGGCGCUGUCUCUCUAUCCUACCAAGAAUGUCACCGUUGUGGGACACUCGCUUGGUGCUGCUAUUGCCCUUUUGGACGCCGUGUACUUGCCCCUUCAUCUGCCUUCGGACGUGAACGUUCGCUACAUCGGAUAUGCAUCGCCUCGGGUCGGUGAUCAAGCUUGGGCCAAUUACGUCGACUCAUUGCACAUGAACAUCACUCGCAUCAACAACAAAGAAGAUCCUGUACCAGUUCUCCCUCCUAUCGAGAUCUUCGGGUACCACCACGCCAGCGGUGAAGUUCAUAUCCGCGAUGACGAUGUUUGGGUCUCUUGCCCAGGCCAGGAUAACCCCAGUGAUCAGUGCAGCACUGGCGCUGUGAACAUAACAACCUUCGAUGCUGCUCAGCACCCGGGCCCGUACGAUGGAGUGACCAUACAGUGCUAG